AUGAGUGAUGACAACGGAGACCCCAUGGCGUCUUCAACAAAAAGGAUGCCUGGGGAAGAUAUUGCACCGGGGCUUUCAGCAGAUCUGUCAGAGAGUGAAGAGGGGAGCGGACCACUCCCUGGAGCCUCAGAGGAGGACAUGAGCUACCUAGAGGCCGAUAUUCAUCAUAGACUGAAGGAAUGGGGACCUUUACUUAUUGCGGGGCAACGACUUCUGGUGUGGGAGCGGCCCCUGCCGAGUCUGCUAACAGCUGCUGCUCUUCAUGGAGUAUUUUGGCUGUUCUCGUACCUGUCCCCGCGACCUGUAUUUCUGGUCAGCUUCUUUCUUCUGUGUCUCCUGGGUGUGCAGCACUGGAAGACUUGGAUACUACGGCACUGUAGAGUUCAAACUCAGGCAGAACCAUCCGCUGACAGUGAGAUGUUGGCGGGAGGGGAGAGUCAGCACCGGCUGCUGAGUGUGCGUGAGCUGUGUCAUUACAUGGCGGAGACGUGUCUCACCUGCCAGCAGUACAUCCAGGAACUGCUGCUCUACAAAAUGCAGUACCCGGGAAAGUUCUGUGCCAUGGUGUGUUCGUGCUGUGCAGUGCUGGCUGUUGUCGGACAUUAUGUUCCGGGCAUUAUGAUUUCCUACAUAAUACUACUCAGUGUCCUAUUGUGGCCACUGGUGGUUUACCGAGAGCUGAUCCAGAGAAUGUACACCACUCUAGAACCCGUUCUGAUGAAGAUAGAUUACACUAUGAAGGGGGAGGAUCUGCCUCGCUCACACAAGAAGAGACAAGUGAAGAAGGAGCUGGAAGAAGGGGAGGAACCUACAGCAGAGACAGACAGCGAGAGUGAGAUUGAGCUCUCCGGCUUCUCUCCAGAGAUGGAUGUGCGGAUCACAGCCUUGGCUCUUUCUAUUACUGACUCAGAGCUGUCAGAUGAAGAGGCCUCUUUACUGGAGAGUGGAGGGUUUUCUGUAUCCAGAGCAACUACGCCACAGCUGACCGACGUGUCCGAGGAUUUGGACCAGCCAAGCGCUGUGCCCGAGGAAGCUGUUCCUGCCACAGACCCCACCGAUUCUCCACUUUGGCAGGGACCCCAUACAGAAGAUGGGAAAAACUUGCCGGUCGCUGAAACCCCCCUUUUACAGACUCAAGCUCUGUCCCUAAACCCAGAAGAGUUGCUGCCUACACUGACCUCCCCGCUUCACUUUGUCAACACUCAUUUCAACGGGAAGGGCCAAGCCGCAGGGCUGCAAAUCGAAAUCCAGGCCCGGAGCCAGGAAACCACCCUGCAGAGCCCGGUAGCACCUCAUGGGCGUCCGGGACUUUCGCGUCCUGCAAGCCAAGAAUCUGGAGGAGACGACGUGGAAGAUUUUGAGCUUCUGGAGCAGGGAGAAUUGGAUCUGCUGCAAGAGGAGGUGGAGGAAGCUGAAAAGCGCUUAGCCGGUGUUAGUUCCACCCUGUCAGCCUCUUCUGAUCUACAGCCGGACGACACGGCUUCCUAGGCCAGGAGAGCACUAGAGAAAGCUCAUCUCCUUUCACCGUGUCUUCUCUGUCAUUCAAAGGUUUAUACACCGCUGUACAUGCUGUCCCUCGUGGGAUGAAAGCGGUGUACACACACACACUGGGCAUUGGC